AUGAAUAAUAUUGUACAAGAACAUCAUCAGCAAUCUUGUCAAGAUGAUGAUUUUUAUCCAAUAGCAUAUUUAUCUUCAUCGCCAUCAUCUUUCGUUGAUAAUAAAUUACUUUAUAAUGAAUUAGAAAGAACUAGUACAAUAUCAAUAACAGCAACAGGUCAAUUUUUAUGCAUUGAUCAUCAUCCCCGUUUUCAUUUAUUUGUUAAUGAUUUAUAUUUAAUUCAUACAAAUUAUUGA